AUGAAAGAUAACGAACUUGGACGUUAUCAUAUCGAAAAUAUGAAGAAUAAAUUAGCUGCAGCAAAUAAUCAGUCAACCCGAUAUAUGCCAUUAUCGACAAAACAAACUGAUGGACCAAAAAUUGAGGUUACAAUCAAUCAGAAUUGUGAAUCAUCAUGUAAGGCAGCUGAAACAAGAAGUUUGGAUCGACCAACAUUUAGUCCACCGUCUCCACCAAAUCCAUCUGCACCACCAUUAAAACCAUCAAAUUGCAGGCGAUGCAAUAAAGCAGUCCUAUACGUUGCUAUUGCGCAAGCAUUUGUUUCAGUAAUCCUUUUGAGCGGCGGUAUUUGGUGCCAUAAUACUGCAUCACAUUAUUGUCCCUACAAGACAUCGUUAUGGACACCAAUAAUAUUUUUGAUAAGUGCUGGAAUCGGAAUGACUACAGCAAAAACAUCGUUUCCACAUUUUUAUAUAGCUCAUCUAGUCCUAUCACUAGUUGCUAUUAUAACUGUACUGGCUGGAGGCAUUCUCUCAUACAGGAAUUGGUCGUUAAUGGGAAAAGAUACAUUCUCGAUUGAAAGUCGUACAAAAGACUUCUGUGUUCUGCAUCGAUACGAUGGAGGACGUUUAACUUAUAUGUUAAGACUACAUCGAUACGAUUUUGAAGAGUGUUUGUAUGGCUUCAAAAUUGGUGUUGCUGUAAACUUUUCAUAUAUGCUUUUGGGAGGAACACUUGGUGAGUUUUGUUGA